CAUAAGAUUGUUGUUUUGAUUUAAAAAAAACUGUCAAAGUCCACGCUAGGACAGGUGCUAGGCAUGUAACAUCACCUUCCUGCUCCGACUGUUGCGUUCCCGGCGCUUCCUGCAGAGGGAGUGUUCAAAUCCACAACUAACAUGGCUGCUGCCGACAGGAUGAGGACGUGGAGCUGCCCGAAGAGAGGAGUUUUCUGUUCAUGGACAGUCCUAUUUGUAGUUUUAUUGAGUACCAUAAAUGCGGCUGAUGCUGCACCAGAGACGGGGCUUUGGAAAAUAACACUUGUAAAUAGCUCAAGCCCACUACUGUUAAAGAAAUCCAUGUAUAAAGACACUGACAUAAAUUUGCAAGUUAUGGCCGUUGGCUGUCCUGAGGAGGUCGCCUUCACUGUUCACUGGUAUUUAAAGUACUACCCCUGUCACAAUGCAUUCAACAAUAUUGAAGAAAUGUAUGAGCGAAGUCAUGGAGACAGUCUGGAUCCAAAUCCCCGUGGGGAAGGAGAGUAUAUCGAACACAAACACAGUCCUAUAACAUGCAACAGUGGACUGCGCUCAUUUCCAAUGCUCAAAAAAGCCAAGGCAGACCCACAUCCUGUCAGUCCACCUGUUGAGGGAGAAGCCGCACUGGAUGAAAAAGACAACAAAUGGAUUACUGAGGAGUACGAUGACAGCGGCAGCAGCAGCACCUCGAAGAACAACAGUUUGAACGUAAAAGACAACGUCAUAGCCACCACAUGGAAGGAUGGACCGUACCUGCUGGUUGUUAAGAUUGUGCCCAGUAAACAGGAUGUCAACUGGAAUUUAACAGUUAAAAUAGUGAUGAAAGGCAGCCAUGGCUACAUUUCUAUCACAGAAUGGCCUCUCAUGAUUUUCUACAUGGUGAUGUGCAUAGUGUACAUCCUGUACGCCCUGCUGUGGUUUAUCUGGACAGCGUGCUACUGGAAAGAUCUGCUUAGGAUCCAGUUUUGGAUUGCAGGGGUCAUAUUCCUCGGCAUGGUGGAGAAGGCCGUCUUCUGUGCUGAAUAUGAAAACACCAACGCUGUUGGCUUUGCUUCUCCAGGCUUGUUGAUCUUUGCUGAACUGGUCUCUGCCCUCAAGAGGACUUUGGCUCGAUUGCUUGUCAUAAUUGUCAGCCUUGGCUAUGGCAUUGUAAAGCCUCGACUGGGGACAGUAAUGCACAGAGUUGUGGGGCUCGGCAUCCUCUACUUUGGCUUUGCCAGCAUUGAAGGUGUCCUGAGGAUUUCUGGGGGUCAAGACAAUGGCCCUGUUCUCAUUACAGAAAUUAUUCUGGCUGUGUUUGACUCCUGUGCCAUCUGGUUCAUCUUUGUCAGCCUGGCACAAACCAUCAAGACUCUGAAGCUGAGGAGAAACCCUGUCAAGUUGUCUCUUUACAGACACUUUACAAACACACUGAUAUUUGCUGUCAUUGCUUCCAUCAUUUUCAUGGCGUGGACAGCAAAGAAGUUCAGGCUCGCAGAUUGCCAGUCUGAUUGGAUUGAGCUGUGGGUGGAAGAUGCUUUCUGGAGGUUCUUGUUUUCUGUCAUUCUGUUCGUCAUAAUGAUUUUAUGGAGACCAUCUGCAAACAACCAAAGGUAUGCUUUCACACCUCUCAUUGACGACUCUGACGAUGAGGAGAUUGAGGAGUUUGUCACCUCUACAAACUUUGCUGAUGGCAUAAAGUUGAGAGCUUCUAAAAAUGAGACGAAUGGCACAGUGAGGCCUGCUGAAACAAACCCAGAUGAAGACUUGAAGUGGGUGGAGGAUAAUAUUCCUAGCUCUCUUACUGAUGUAGCUCUACCUGUCCUGCUGGACUCAGAUGAGGAAAUCAUGACGACCAGAUAUGAGAUGUCAAAGCUGGAGUGAGGCAAAACGUUUCCAGCUAUUUGCUGACAAGGAGGGGAGGACAUAGCAGAUAUCCGUGGCUCUGCAGCAGGGUUCUGUCAAGGACUUCCAUUCGGGUGGUGUUAGAGUGCCAUUUAGUUUUUCAGGGGAUCUUCCUGUAUGGUUGCUACUUAGCAAGGUGGAGCAGACCAUGAUUUCGGGGAGCCUCUGCUUAUUUCCUCAUCUGCUCGAGAGCAAAGGACUCUGCCACAGGAAAACUGUCUUUUCACUGACCAACUGGUUCACUAUUUCCCUUCUGAGCCUUUCUUUCCAAAGAGAAUGUUUCAUUUUAUAUUAAGUGCUGUAUUUAUUUCUGUUAUAUUGAUGUAAAUCUAUUUUAUCAGAUAAUUAAGUGUCGUUGGCCUCAUGCAGGAACAUAUGUGUAUAUCUCAGAUGGAAAUGUUCUGGCAUCCUUGGUAUUGGUGUGUGAAUGAGCAUGAGGGGACCGGGCACAAGUGAGUUUUACAAAUUGAAUUUCAAUGUAACUGGGUUCAGUAGUGUAGAAUUGGGGUUUGCUGUCAUGUUUUGAAUCUGUUGUGUCUUCUGAAACGAGGCGCAAUUUGCUGUAUGUAUGUUGAUAUGAAGUCCGUUAUUUAUUUGUGUUUCAAGUGUACUUACAAGUUGUUGAAGUGUGUGCACCCAUGUUUACUCUUAAGUGUGUUUACAACAUGUGCUUCCAUUUUUGUAAAGCAUCGAACCCUGAACAACUUCACAAUGUGUUAGGCAAACCGCAUAGUGACUCGUUCUUAUUUCUUUGCACUGUUUGCCUUCUUUGCUGAUGAACUCAUUGGGUAGGACUCACAGACACCUUAAUAACAUGUUCUUUCAGAUAAGUCUUAAUAUGUUUCAUUUCUGUUAUUAUUAUUUCUUAAAAGACACUGUUUCUUAAGACACACUGUUGCUUUCAUGUGUUGUCUUGAGUGAGCGUAGCAGCAGGAUGUGUAAUCUUGUUUGUCCAGGCCGUUCCGUAACAUGAUACCUUGGUUGUGGGGUUAGCACAAGCACAAGCUCGUCACUGGUUUAAAAUGUCACCGUUCCUUUCUGUUUGGCUUGGAAACCUGGAAUAAUUGUGCUUAUUUUGGCAAACUGUUGUUCUGUUAUAUAAAAGUGCAGACACCUGCAAUGGACCUUGAUUAUUUGUACAGAUGGAUUUUGAGUGAUUCCUGUUAUUUCAUAAUCUUACAGGUGGAGAGGUGUCUGGAUAGUAUGACUUAUCUUUUUUUUGUAUGGGUGUCAUUAAGAACUGGGCUUGAAAUUUUCAUACCAGCAGUUUUAUUCUGUCUUCCUUCUCAGGAAGUGUGCACACUCAGAUUAAAAAUGGAUCGAGUGCAGGAGAAUGUUUGCUUCCUGGUCUGUGUUUCAGUAUUAAUUUGGAAAUAAAAAUACUUAUUUAACUAUG